UAUAACUAAAAAUUUCCAACAAAAACAUGCUUGUUAGUGUGUGGUUCAAAUAGUAAUAAUAAACAGAACUUUCUCGAAAGUAGUAACACCCAUAUUCUCUUCAACUCUCUACUUACUCCUGCAAAGACACAUACACAACUCUGAAAUAAUAACGUCUAGUAAACCAAACAUAAACAGCCAAAAAAAUGCAGUCACUACGGUGCAGUUUGGGUAUUUUCCUCGUCUUUAUCAUUUGCCAGUCGUGUCUGGCGGUGCCUGCCUUGCGCGUCAAACGUCAACGAGAUGAUCUGCUCUCACUGGAGGCGGAGAGCGCGGAUGCAAUCAAUAGCGAUUUGAAUCCUAUCAAUGCUGAGGCAGUUUCAGGCGAUGAUCUUGAGCGCAACAAAAGAAAAUUACCCGAUGCGACUCUCGAAGCCAAGAAUGCAGUGCUGGGAUUUGUCUUUGGUAAAAUCGACAACUUCCUCGACACCAAAACGCGUGUCAUCGAGCAGCUGGAUCGCGCCAACAUCGAGAAGAACAAGCAGUGGGACAUUAAGCAACCCGUGCCCAUUAAGGACUUCCAAACGCUCGUUACCGCCGUAGUUUCACCCAAAAUACGCUCACUUGGCAAUAUUGCCAACGAUUUGACCACUGGCGUGCUGACUACAAUCACCGCUUUCAGCGGUUCUUCAGCGGGCAAUGGCAAUGCCAAUGCUGGUUUGGGUAAUAUCGUGUCGAAGUUCCUCGGCUUCUCUGGUCCUAUUCUGCAAGGCUCUGCAGCUGGACCUGCUGGAGGCGGUACCACAGCCGCGCCGGAUUCAGACGAGGCUGGCUAUUAAGGCUGCUGCAAGUGGCUGCUGUGAUGUUAACUAAAAUACGUAUAUAUAUUUAGCAACAUAUGCCAAUAUGUACUUAUAUAUAUAUGUCAAUACAUUUACAAAUUCUUCUCUGGCUAUACACUUCAAUACAGAAUUAUUGUUACGCGCUGCUUACGAAAUAUCGAUCCACACACCCAUUUGAGAAUGCACUUUCAUUGAGAGACACACACACACAUACAAUUAAACACAUGUACAAAGGCGAAGCACGCACACAUACUCAUACAUACUUGCAUACUGCGCAUGUAAUACGUUAAAUUUCAACUUUAUUCUAUUUAACGCAGAAUGCUACAAAGCAAACCAUAUAAACUUCGAAAGUAAUGUCUUCCUAUUAUCCUUGAAUAUACUUAUGUAAAUAAUGUAUAGUUCUUGUUAUACACUCUUUAAACUCUUCUGCGCAUAUUGGUAGUUUUAUUAUGUAGGCAACCAUACUCGUUUUGAUAUUUUAAA